AUGUCUGUUCGUGAUAUUUAUGAUAAUGAGAAUGAUGAUAUAAACACUUCAGAUGAAGAGUCAAUUGAUACCUUAGGAAAUAUUCCAUUGGAGUGGUAUAAUGAGUUAGAACAUCAAGGAUAUGACCAUUCAGGAAAGCCUUUGCCUAAACCAACACAAGGAAAGUUAGAUUCUAUUGACCAAUUCCUUGCUAUGACAGAUGACCCUAAUUAUUAUAAAACAGUUUAUGAUGAAUAUGGAAAUGCUACAGUAUUAAAUGCUGAUGAUAUUAGAUUAGUUAAUGCAAUUAUUUCUAACAAGAGUGAUGCUCAAUUAGAACAAGAUUUUCCAGCAGUGUCAUAUGCAUAUGAUGAUUGGAUGAUUCCAUUAAAUGAUUAUACCCCACCUAAACAAAGAUUUAUUCCAUCACAAAAAGAACAUAUUCUUAUUAAGAAAUUGGCUGCCAAAUUACGUAAACAAUUUAUCACCCUUCCACAAAAAGUUACAAAAAAGGCACGUGUGAAGGAUAUUUGGGGUGCUGGAGUUCAUAAAAAAAAAUAUCACCUUCCUCUUCCACCAGUUAAAUUACCAGGUAAUUCAGCAUCAUAUCAUCCUGCUCCAGAAUAUAAGAAUGAAAAUAACACAAACUAUGAUCGUUUAAUGGAUAUUCCACAAUACUCUAAUCUUCUCAAUGAUAUUUAUUCUAGAUGUCUUCAACUUUACGUUGCACCAAGAAGACUUGUUAAAGUUCCUGAGCAUAGAGAUCCAUUGAAAGAAUUAAUUCUUCCACCAUUAGAAGAAUUACGACCAUUCCCUUCAAAUAGAAAUGGAGUUGUUAAAGUUAAAGAAGUUAUGAGGUGUAUUGUUGUUGAUCCAAGUGGAGAAUAUGUUGCUUCUGGAGGAGAUGAUGGUUCAAUACUUAUUACAGAAGCUCUUACUGGAAUGGAAGUUAAAAGAAUUAAUUUCCCUGAAGCUAUUAGAGACAUUCAAUGGGGAAAAGAUGAUGUAUUAUUUAUUGCUGUAGGAGAAUUUGUUUAUGGAAUGAAAUUGGAUAUUAGAGAUGUUGAUACUGAUUAUUCUAUUUAUGAAUUAGACAGUGUUAAGGUUGAAGUGUUUGAAAACAAAACUUCGUUUAUUACUCCAAAUGAUGAAUUAAAACAAGAGGGUAUCAUUUUAGCUAUUCACCAUCCACAUCUUGUUAAAAGGUUGUCAUUACAUCAUAAAGGAUCAUAUUUAGCAUGUGUAUUUGGAACUUCUUCAAAUAGUUAUUGUGUUAUUCACCAUCUCCCAACUAAACGAUCACAAAACCCUGCAAAGAAUUUAAAAGGAUUUAUUCAAAGUUGUGUUUUCCAUCCAUUAAAGCCAAUGAUUGCUAUUGCUACUUUAUCUAAAAUUGUUAUCAUUGAUUUACAGAAAGGAGUUACUCAAAAAAGAUUAAAUGUUCCAUCUAAAAGUAUUACUGAUAUUGUAUUCCAUCCAUGUGGAGAUCACCUUAUUGCUUGUUCAUUCGAUAAGAAAUGCAUUUGGUAUGAUCUUCAAGCUGGAUUAGAUCCAUUUAAAGUUUUAAGACUUCACACAGCUGCAGUACGAGCUGUUGAUGUUCAUAAAAUCUUACCAUUAUUUGCAACUAUUGGUGAUGACGCUGAAAUUCAAGUAAUGCAUGGGGCUGCUUCAAGUGAUGUCACUGUUGAUCCAAUACUAAUUCCAAUUGUUAAACUUGGUGGUCAUGAAAAAAAGGGUCAGUUAGGAGGAACUGACAUUGCAUUCCAUCCAUUCUUACCAUGGAUUUACUCUACUGGUGCAGAUGGUACAAUCCAAUGGUACUCUGAUUGGUUCUAA